CAAGCAGCAGCAAAUUGAGACUUCGAGUAAAAACUAUAUGACAUAUUUGGAGUCUUAAUGGAGCACGAACUGAAGUACUCGAUAAUCGAUAACAUUGCAAGAUAAUACAGUUCAAGUCCAUGUUUUUUAGGCAUCCCAUCACUUAUUAAAUUGAGACCCGCCUACAGCGCGUGCGGCUGCCCAGUUCAUUCUCACAGACUACAACGCACUUUACAGCGCUCAGACUGUUACUGACACAAUACGCUCCUAUUUCUGGCGGAUUUUUUUUUUUUUUACGAGCAGUGACAGUGGAAUAAGAGGAAAUCAUGACAAUUCUAUCGUAGGAGACCGAAGACCCUGUUCUUUUCUGUUUAACCCUUAUCCACAAUGCUUUACUUUCAGCUGGUGAUCAUGGCAGGGACUGUCAUGUUGGCAUACUACUUUGAGUACACCGAUACUUUCAACGUGCACAUCCAGGGAUUUUUCUGUCAUGAUAAUGCCUAUUUGAAGCCCUAUCUCGGACCAGAAGAGACCAGUGCGAUCCCGCCUGCCAUCCUGUAUGCGGUGGUCGCAGGGGUCCCUGCACUGGUGAUUACAGUGACAGAGUCCAUACUCUUCUUGCUGCAGUAUGUCUCUGAGGAUCUAGACAACCGAGAGAAGAUCAUUGUGAUGGGCGACUGUUGUUACCUAAACCCUCUGGUCCGAAGGACAUUUCGCUUUCUUGGUGUGUACGCAUUUGGCCUCUUUGCUACAGACAUCUUUGUGAAUGCCGGACAGGUGGUAACAGGAAAUCUGUCUCCAUACUUCCUGACAGUGUGCAAACCCAACUACACAGCGCUGGGGUGCCAACAGGUGGUGCGUUUCAUCAGCCAAAAGGAAGCCUGCACGGGCAAUGAGGAUGAUAUUUUACAUGCUCGCAAAUCGUUCCCAUCCAAAGAGGCGGCCAUCAGUGUUUAUGCGGCUCUUUAUGUUGCUAUGUACAUCACAUGCUCUGUGAAGGCCAAAGGGACAAGGCUGGCCAAGCCGGUGCUCUCUCUGGGGCUCAUGUGUCUGGCCUUACUAACUGGGAUUAAUCGAGUGGUGGAGUACCGCAACCACUGGUUUGAUGUCAUUGCUGGCUUCAUCAUAGGAGGAGCCAUUGCUGUCUUUAUGGUGGUGUGUGUGGUGAAAAAUUUCAAAGGGAAGCCCUUACUGAGUGAGAUACCACCGGAGGAGAGUGUGUCCAGUGGUCCCAUGAUCACUCAGCCCAGGAUGGAGCACACUAUGGAGAAAUACAUAGCGUCCCAGAAUUCCAUCACCUAUGCUGAGAUCACAUGACAGUGAAAAGCCUACUAGCCAGAAUGCUGUGGAUAAUGUUGCUGCUCUCCAGUGCGACUUCUUACUUUGAGUGCAACGUCGAUAUGUGCUAUUUUUACACUUCUAUUUUCAAGUGCGUGGAAAAAAAUCUAUACCUUGUUGUCCUCCUUUUAACUUUUUGUUUGGGGGGGGGGGGGGGGGGGGGUUAGUUAGGGUAGGGUUGCAUCCCUGUUUUUAUACAAACAUAUUACUGUUAUCAUUUUUUUUGUGGUUGAAUAUGCAGGGUAUUGUGUGAAUGUGAAAUUACAACAUGAUGUCCAAUGAAAUGUUUAACAUAUCCUAAUGUACUAUUUAGAACUAUGAGUCCAUUGUUAAAUUGUUAAAUUAAAUUUGAAGAGGUUUCUGACUGACAAGAAUUACUGUUGUUGAUCCUCAAAGAAACCAGUUUCUUCUUUUAUCUUUCUGCCUGUCAAAACAUUUCGCAUCAACACAUUUAAAGAGUUUUUCUUAUUAGAACAGCAAACUGUUCUAGUGUUGCAUCAGAUGUUAUGCUAUGUAUUUCUAAGCAUGUUUAAAUAGCCAGUAGGGUUUAGUUAUGUUACAAUCAUGAAUUAUGAUUUGCUAUUUUCUAGUUGAGACAAUAUUGGGUGAGGGACAUUCUAGUUCUAAAGAGCAUCUGAUUGGUCAAUACUCAGUGUAGUACAGGAUGAGUCAUUAAUAUCUUUGCUCCGUUUUCUAGGAACAUAUAGGAAUAUACUAGCAAAUACAGUACAUGGUCUCGAUGGGAUUAAAAAAAUAAUAAUAAUUU